AUGGCGUCUCACGGUCUCCGUACUCGCUAUGCCUCUCUGCUGAAACGAUUUGUUUCUUCGUCCAAAGACUUUGAUAUUCUCACUACAGUGGCAGCUGGUGGCGCGGCAAAACCAUGCAUUUUAUACGUGCUGGACUCAUCCUUCAACCCGCCAACUCUCGCACAUCUCCGCAUCGCUAGCUCGGCUCUUCUGGAACGACUUGAGCCAAGCUCUCGUCUCCUUCUUCUGUUGUCCACACAGAAUGCAGAUAAAGCUCCCAAGCCUGCUCCAUUUGAAGACAGGCUCGCCAUGAUGGAAAUGUUUGCCCAAGACCUCCGGUCUCAUCUAGCUUCCACAUUCACACAACCCUCUUCUACCUUUUCGUUGGAUCAAAUACCUCCAAUUGACAUCGGGGUGACUAAAAAGCCAUACUUCGUUGAUAAAGCUGUUGCAAUCGAGAAUUCGGGCUGCUACCCAACCCCUCUCGAGCAGGUUCAUCUUACAGGCUAUGAUACUUUGAUCCGCAUCUUUAAUGCCAAAUAUUACCCACCAGAUCAUAAUCUGCACCCCUUAAGUCUGCUCUUCUCACAGCAUCGGUUGCGGGUGACGAUGCGGCCGAGUAAUGAGUGGGGUGAUCAGAAAGAGCAGGAGGAGUUCCUUACUUCUAUAGCUCGAGGUGAUCGCGAGAGCGAGGGUGGUCGACGAGAAUGGGCUCAGAAAAUUCAACUUACUCCUGGUAGAUCGCCUGGUUCACCCUCCGUGAGCUCUACUCGAGCGCGUGAAGCUUCACAGUCUGCGAUCCAGGACCUGGAUUGGCUGGUCCCAGACAAUGUGCGGCAAUUUGUAUUAUCCAAACAACCAUACUCUGCAAAGGACAGCCCAUAG